AUGUGGCUCCCAAAUCGGUUCUUGCGACCACUCUUGGGGUCGCUCAUUGUGAAACUAUGGGUGCUUGCACAGGGAGUGACAGUCCACAAUGGACUUGAGGACACCGCCGACUUUACCACUGAUGACGAUGGAACAGCAAGCUCAACAGUUUCGAGUACCAUUUCUUCUACGACUACCGCCGCCAGCACGUCGACAUCCGGUCCAUACACAACAAGCAUCUCCACAACUACAACAUCCACCGGCAUCACCACUCAUACUAUUCAGGUGGGACCAAAGGUCAGCCCGCACGCUUACGUCCCGCACAAUAUCACUGCGAACCCGGGUGAUAUUCUUGUCUUCGAAUUCUAUCCUACAAAUCACUCUGUUGCCAAGGCAGACUACCUCGCACCCUGUGUGCCAGCCGGCUCUGAUGAAUUUUGGUCCGGCGAAUUUAACACCUUCACCGAGGAGGACGGUGACCUUGUUGGUCCAGCUCCAACUUGGUCCAUUACCGUCAAUGACACAGAACCAACAUUCUUCUACUGCACCGCACCGGGAUCAUGUCUGGACAACGGGAUGGUAGGCGUUAUAAACGCGAAUUCAAGCCAGACUUGGGAAGCACAGUACAAGCGAGCCCUUACAUAUCCUUACAUGCUACUGCCUGGCCAAUCCAUGCCCGCCGAAACAUCCGCCUCAGGCUCAAGCUCCAGCUCAUCAUCCAGCAGUCCCACCGAGCACGGUCUUAGCACGGGCGCAAUCGCCGGGAUAGCAGUGGCGUGUGUAGCCUUCGUCGCGAUCCUAAUUGCACUAUUCUGGACUCUGGGUCGCAACCGCAUAUAUCAAAAAUGGAGAUCCUCAGAGGUCGGACGAACUGAGCGGACGGCCAAGUGGGCUCUAUUCCAAUCCCGCAAUGGUGGUGUCACCCCAACUCAGCAAAGUGAACUGGACAGCGGCACUACAUACACAGCACCACGAUCCGAGCAUAGCCAUUUUUCUAGUCUCAAGCCAAGCCAUUACUCGAGUCCUGAUUUAAGUCAUCGGGGGGUCUCGGAAGUUACGGAUACCAGGUCCAUGUAUGGAGCGCUGGCGCUGCAACGUGGUUCUGGGCAGUGGAACUGGGAUGCUCAUCCUCGUAAUCAGCGGGGACCGAGUGAGUUGGAUGCGACUAUUGUCCAAAGUUGUGGUAAUAUUUUGGAAUUUGCGUGA